ACCGCUUGAGCGCUGAGGACCAGAAGUAGUCCAAGCCACGCGCCACGGGUGACGCAUCCGGGGAUUGUUGUGUUAGACCUGUGCGUUGCUUCUUUGUCACCAUGGCGACUUUUCAUUUCUCGGAUGUGGAGGCUUUCCUGGACUGCCACCCGGAGAUGGUGGAAGAGUACCUCACGCGCAAGGGCAAAUGUGACGCCGUGAGUCGGUGGCUGAAAGAGCACGGGCCCUCCAAAGGCACCCCUGAGGAUGAGAAGCAUCGGAGCAGUGCGCGGGAGCCUGUCUGGCCCGCGAACUCAGACGGGAUGAAGCGACGCUCUUCUCACAUGGAGCUCCGGCGGAAUUUUGCACGCUCCAAGGCCACGACUGCGCACAUGACGUACGACGAGCACAUCAGUCUCACGGCUCACGAGACCCAGUCCAGCAUGAGGCGCCGCGCGCUCCUGCGGAAAGCCAGCUCUCUGCCGCCAACAACCGCGCAUAUCCUCAGCGCCCUGCUCGAGUCCCGCGUGAACGUCCCACAGUAUGCCUCGAGCGCCAUCGACUACAAGUACCGGCUGAAGGAGUCGAACGAGCGCGAGUUCUUCCUCGAGCUGGUGAAGGACAUCUCCAAUGACCUGGACAUGACCAAUCUGAGCUACAAGAUCCUCAUUAACGUGUGUAUCAUGGUGGACGCGGACCGGUGCUCGCUCUUCCUCGUGGAGGGACCGACGCACAAGAGAACGCUUGUGUCCAAAUUCUUCGACGUGCACUCGGGCACUACGGUGCGGCCGUCCUCGAGUACUCUAGACUCGAACGAGCUGCAGGUGCCGUGGGGUAAGGGCAUCAUUGGCUACGUAGCGGAGCACGGGGAGACGGUCAACAUCCCCAACGCCUACGAGGACCACCGCUUCAGUGAUGAAAUUGAUAAGCUGACAGGCUAUAAGACCCAGAGCAUCCUGUGCGUGGCCAUCUGUAACAGUGACGGAGAGGUCAUCGGAGUCGUGCAGGCCAUCAACAAGAACCCCACUGGCACACACUUCACAGAGGACGACGAAAAGGUGUUGCAGAUGUAUCUACCCUUCUGCGGAAUAUCGAUCUCAAACGCCAAACUCUUCUCUGAGUCCCGCAAAGAGUAUGAACGGAGCAGGGCCCUGCUGGAGGUGGUGAAUGAUCUGUUUGAGGAGCAGACGGACCUGGAGAAGAUCGUCAGGAAGAUCAUGCAGCGAGCACUGACCCUCCUACAGUGUGAGAGAUGCUCUGUGCUCCUGCUGGAGGAUAUACAGUCUCCGGUGGUGAAAUUCUCUCAGACGUUUGAGUUGAUGUCUCCUCUGUGCAAUAAGGACCAAGACAUCAGUCUGGAGAAGCUUUCAUGCUCUGAUUGGCUAAUAAAUAAUAACAUUGCGGAGCUGGUGGCAUCUACUGGUCUGCCGGUCAACAUCAGUGAUGUGUGUCACGACCCGCGCUUUGAUGCCGAGGCAGAUCAUGUGUCUGGCUUCCACAUCAGGUCUGUGCUGUGUGUCCCCAUCUGGAACCGCACCCAUCAGAUCAUAGGUGUGGCUCAGAUUCUGAAUCGUCUCGAUCGGAAGACCUUCAAUGACGCUGACCAGAGACUGUUCGAGGCGUUUGUGAUCUUCUGUGGACUGGGCAUCAACAACACUAUGAUGUACAACCAGGUGAAGAAGACUUGGGCCAAGCAAUCUGUGGCACUGGACAUGCUGUCCUACCAUGCCACAUGCUCCAAGGUUGAGGUGGACCGACUGAAGGCAGCUAAGAUCCCCUUGACUGGUGAGUUGGGGAUUGACCAGUUCCACUUUAACGACUUCUCCCUGGACAGCGAUGCCAUGGCAACUGCAUCCCUCAGAAUGUUCCUGGAGCUGGGAGUCGUGCAGAAAUUUAAGAUUGACUAUGAGGUUCUGUGUCGCUGGCUUCUGACCGUAAGAAAGAACUACCGGACGGUGGCGUACCACAACUGGCGUCACGCCUUCAACGUGUCCCAGUGCAUGUUCGUCAUCAUCACUACGGCUGGUUUCCGGGAGGUUCUGUCCGAUUCGGAGAUUCUGGCGCUCAUGGUGGGCUGUCUGUGUCACGACUUGGAUCACCGUGGAACCAACAACGCCUUCCAGGCCAAGACGGGUUCGGCAUUGGCACUGCUGUAUGGCACCUCAGCCACACUGGAGCAUCAUCACUUCAACCACGCCGUCAUGAUCCUGCAGAGCCAGGGCCACAACAUAUUCGCCAGUCUGACAUCUAAAGAAUACAGCAACAUGAUGCAACUCCUUAAACAGGCUAUCCUUUCCACUGACCUCACACUCUACUUCCAGAGGAGGACUGAGUUCUUUGAGAGUGUCCUCUCCGGGCAGUUCAGCUUGACCAAUGAAGAUCAGCGAGAGGUGCUCAGGUCGAUGCUGAUGACGGCAUGUGACCUGGGUGCAGUGACGCGACCUUGGGAGAUCUCCAAACAGGUGGCAGAGCUGGUGACCAGUGAGUUUUUUGAACAAGGAGACAGAGAGAGAUCAGAGCUCAAACUCACUCCAUCUGCGAUAUUCGACCGCAACCGUAAAGAUGAGCUGCCGGCCUUGCAGCUGGAGUGGAUAGAUGGCAUCUGCAAGCCCCUGUAUGAGACUCUGCUGAAGCUGAAUGCAAGGCUGCAACCCAUGGUGGACGGCAUAGAUGCUAAUCGGAAGAGAUGGGAGGAGCUGAGGAGGUCCAAUCAGCACUCUCCUCAAGCUUUAGAGUCCAGCCCCCUCUUAGAUCCUGCCCACAUCCCAACGUCCAAUCAGAGAGCAGAGCCCGCCAAUAGCCAGCCCACUAGCCCAGGCUCCUCCCAGGUGACAUUGGCCAAUCAGGGCUCAGAUCCUGCCCAGGUCUCACUGGCCAAUCAUACCUCAGAGCCCACCCUCACGUCCCAGAUCAGUCAGACAGCAGACUCCGCCCAAAAAAGACCUCUGACCAAUCAGAGAGCGACAUUGGCAUGGAGCAGCCAAUCCAGCGCCAAUGCCGGCCCUGCCCAGAUGACACCAUCCAAUCAGAAGGCAGGACCGCUGCUAGGAGGACACUGAGUGAGCAGAGAAGAGUCUGGAGUCAACAAAAGAGCCCCACAUUCUGAUGAGUGUGUGUGUGUGUGUGUGUGUGUGUGUGUGUGUGUGUGUGUGUGUGUGUGUGUGUGUGUGUGUGUGUGUUAGGGCAGAGAUCUGCUUUAUUCUGUUUGUGAGUAAGAGUGUAAAACUCUUUAUGUGUGUGUGAGAGUGUAAAACUGUUUAUGUGUGUGUGA